UCUGCCGGUCAAAGUCGGUUUUUCUAGACCACCACGCAUUCAGAGGAUCACGUUCAAUUCAAUCUUUGGAUAACCAAUUUUUUUUUUUUUCAUUUCCAUAAAAAAUUCUUUUUAUUUUUUCCAAUAUAUACAUAUGCCCAACACUGUCUCUUUUAUCUGUGUUCUUGUAUUUUUCAAGCUCUGGAUUAGGGUAUCCUCUACGGGAAAAAGUUGAUUAAAAAUUUGAAGCAAUGUCUUGUCGAAAGUCAAGACCACCAUGUUUAACUGAGAAAUCUUUGUCACCAGAAGAACAACAAGCUAAGAUCAAUGAUGUUAGGAGAAUGUUGGGACCUAAGGCUGAUAAACUUCCAGUUCUUUGUUCGGAUGAGUCAAUAAUAAGAUAUCUUAUAGCAAGGAAUUGGAAUACAAAGAAGGCAACGAAAAUGCUAGCGGAAAGCUUGAAAUGGAGGCUGCAAUACAAGCCAGAGAACAUCAGAUGGUCCUUUCUUCAGGAAGAAAUUGCAAAAGAAGCUGAAACUGGAAAAAUAUAUAGAGCAGAUUACUAUGACAAGUGUGGAAGGACAGUUCUUAUUUUGAGGCCAGGUUUCCAGAAUACAAAAUCAACAGAAUCACAGAUCAAGUACUUGGUAUAUUGUAUGGAAAAUGCUAUAAUGCAUUUGAAUCCUGAGAAGGGGCAAAUGGUUUGGCUUAUUGAUUUUCAAGGGUGGACGAUGUCUAGCAUAUCAAUUAAGGUGACUCGAGAAACAGCUAAUGUCUUGCAGAAUCAUUACCCCGAGAGAUUGGGUCUGGCAAUCCUCUAUAAUCCUCCUAAAGUAUUUGAAUCUUUUUGGGCGUUGGUGAAGCCUUUUCUUGAACCAAAGACAUACAAAAAAGUAAGAUUCGCCUACUCUGAUGACACUCAGAGCCAGAAGAUAAUGGAAGCCCUCUUUGAUGUGGAUAAGUUAGAAUCUGCAUUUGGAGGGAAAAACACAGCUGGGUUCAACUAUGAAGCAUACGCAAAACGUAUGAGGGAGGAUGAUGCUAAAAAGUCUGGCAGCAUGAAUUCCGGAUCUUCUGUGCCAAUUACCCAAUCAUCAGUUGCAGCUCAAUCACAUGAAGUUUCAGAACAAUGGUCAGAGUCAUUGGCUCCUGACCCCUCUUCUGAAUCUUCUGAUGAGUCUGAGUUAUCAUCAUUUGAUGAACCAGCUGCAAAGGUGGAAUGCAUAGAUAGCAAAGCAGAUGUACUGACCCUAAACAGCGAGGAUGAUGCAAAGAUUGAAGCAGCAGAGCCAAAGCUUCAGAGUUAAAUGAGUGAGUUUGCCUGAAAUAUGAACAUGGCUUCUACUUUUAUAAUUCUUCUUCCAAAAUUUGAACAUGCUUUUUGCAUCUUAUACAAUUAAUUCUUCUGAGAAAGAUCUUGACUGAAAUGUUGUAAUGAUACAAAAGGCUUGUAUGUCAGUUGUGGAAGAAGAUUCUUCCACAAGCUGAUAUUAGAGAUCUGUCAACUAUCUAAAGGUAAAACGAAGAAAGCUGUCUCACCGAAUGAUAAGAUCUUCUUGCAUAAUUUAUUUCAAACAUGUCAUUUAUUUAUU